AUGAGUGACGCAACAGCGAAACCAACGGCUAGUUCAGAAAAAUUGAAACGGCAAGCCAAUGGAGCAUUUAAAGAAGGGAAUUAUAGUCUGGCAAUCGAAUUAUUUAGCUAUGCGCUUGAACAAGUGCCGAAAUAUGCGCCAUACUUGACGAAUCGUGCUUUGUGUUACUAUCGUUUGAAUGAAGCCGAUAAAGUUUUAAAAGACGCUCUUGCAAGUAUUCAGUCUGAUCCAAAAUGGGUCAAAGGCUACUUUUACAAGGGAAAAGCAUUAGAACUAUUGAACUGCAAACAGGAAGCCCUAGCUUGCUAUCAAAAAUGUUGUGAAUUGGAGCCAGAUCAAAAAGAAUAUGCAAAAGUUCUGAGGGAAUGCAUGGAAACAACAGUCGCAGCAACACCAGCAAGAACUACGGUAAUGACCGCGGCAGAACAGCAAAGCUCAAAACAUAAUGUGAAGUGUGAUGUGUGUGGAUGUUAUCCUAUAAUUGGAACUCGAUACAAAUGUUCGGUAUGCGAUGAUUAUGAUUUGUGUUCGAAAUGCCUGAGCUCGAAUCCAAAUCAAAAAGGACAUAAAGAUACUCACCCCCUAAUUCCUCACAAACAACCUCAAGAUUUGCCAACAACACUUUUAAAGCGACCUUCGACUACCAAUUCUUUUCGCUCGGCAUCCCCAAUCCCUGUUCCGGCGCAGUGUCAACAAAUCGAUGUCGGUGUUGCAAUUCACAGUUAUAACAUUGUUUUGGUCAUUGACGUAUCUCUGUCAAUGAUCGGUUACGAGGCAAACAACAGAAUAAAUUCGUUGAAAAAUCGCUGGCCAGUAACUGAACGUGGAAUCAUUAAAAUAGCCAGUCAGCUGGGUCUCAAUGAUCGUUUGACUUGUCUUGCAUUCAAUGCAAAAGUUUACGAAGUGAUGGAUGGUGAAUCGGCAAACGUUGCAAAACUAAAAUUGGCUCUUAUUCUAUCUAGUUUGAAACCGAGUAUUGACGAUAAAAAUUCCGGCACAGCAUUGUACGAUGCUAUCAAUGCUACCUUUAAUGUUUUGUUGAGAAACAAAUUGGCAGGACUUUUAUUGGGUGAUUCAAAUCGAAAUCAGAUUAUUUUGAUAACAGAUGGAGAGGAUGUAAGCUCGACACAGAGUUCACUCGCACAAGCAUGCAAACAAAUGAAACAAAUCUGUCAAGAUAUGGAAACGGAUAUGCUGAUGAUUGGAAUCGGACUCGAAGCACAAGGAAGAUAUGCCAUGAAUCGAUUGAAACAACACGGAGGAGAUAGAUGCAAAUUUUUGGAUUUGACAAGUCUAUCCGAAUUGGACGACAUUUUCGAUCGGCUGUCAAUGGUAUUCACUCAACGGACAGCUGUUAUUAAUGUUUAG